GCCCUCCUAUAUAAAUACACCCCAGGGAUGAUUUCUUCCCACUCCUGCUGGCCACUGCCGCCCUCCUCCUCGACUCUCUGUCUCGUCGUAGGUUGUGAAGAAAAGAAACCGCCAACAUGUCUGACAAGAAAAUGACUUCGAGCCGCAAGCAUCAUCUGAAGAGUUUGAUGCUGCAGAUCGCGGCGACCUGGAUUGAACAGGAGAAAAAGGAACUCGUAGUGGCCAAGCAGGCCUACAUGGCUGAGCAUUGUCCAUCACCCGCUCUGAGUGGAGACCAGGCCACCCUCAUGGAAACUUGCAAAAAGUUGGCCGCCCUCAUCGACAAAGUGGAUGAAGAAAGGUACGACUUGGAGUCCAAAGUGGGCAAGGCUAAUAAAGAGAUUGAAGACCUGAAGAUCAAAGUGGUUGACCUGGCCGGAGUGAAGAAACCCGCUCUGAAGAGAGUGCGUAUGUCCGCCGACGCCAUGCUGAAGGCUCUGCUGGGCUCCAAACAUACCGUCAACAUGGACCUGAGGUCCAACCUGAAGCAGGUCAAGAAGGAAGUGAAAGAGGAGUCUGUGGAGGCGGUCGGCGACUGGCGUAAGAACAUUGAGGACAAAGCUGACAGGAAGAAGAUGUUCGAGACUUCUUAAAGAACUUAACUCCUGUAGUUGCUUUGGGCCGUUUUUAUGGAAUUUAUGGAAUUUUUCAUUGAAUUGUUUCAUUAAAUCUGUCAGUUUCAGCUUGGUCUGUUAUUGUACAUUUGUAUAGCGAGUGGUUUGGAUUAGAAAUGGCCCCUCCUUAAUUUCAAGCUUAUAUCAGACUUUUAUUUUGUAGUGUUUAUAGACUUCCUGUUUGCUUCUGUGCUUAUAUUCAUUUUUGACAACUUCCUGCUCGUAGUGUUUUUGUAAUAAAUGUGUUUUGUUUCCUAAA